AUGGGUUCUCUGUUAACCAAGAGUUUCAGCAAGGAACAGCUUGAAAUGGCGGUCAGCAAGGUCAAGACCAUCGUUAACUCCAACCCAGUUGUCGUCUUCAGUAAGACUUACUGUGGUUAUUGCAAGAGGGUAAAGCAGCUGCUCACUCAGCUUGGAGCAACCUACAAGGUCAUUGAACUGGAUGAGGGAACUGAUGGAGAUGAAACUCAAGCAGCUCUAGCAGAGUGGACUGGACAAAGGACUGUGCCUAAUGUCUUUAUUGGGGGAAAACACAUUGGUGGUUGUGACUCUGUUUUAGAGAAGCACCAGGCAGGUCACCUUCUGCCCCUUCUCAGUGAGGCUGGUGCCAUUGCCUCUAAGUAA